CACUGAGAAGUUCAUAAUAGAUAUACAUCGUAUUGGGCCCAUUUCCAAAGCACUCCACUAUGACUGAACAAUCCCCUAAAGUCCCGACAGCGUCCAACACUACUAGCUCUGAAGUUGUGCCUAAAGUAGAUACAUCUAGGAAAAGCAUUACUUCUUGGUUUAGACGACCCACUGCGCACGAACAGUGCAAUAAGCUGUUGUUGUUCCACACUGUUUAUUCGCCCUUUGUGAAGUUUAUGAUUGAUAAGAUAGAGGCGGCUGGGUGUCCGGUGGACAGCCGGGUGAUGCGCUGUGCUCAGUGUGUCCCAGACGAUACCAGCGAGACCGUUGAUCCCACCACCGAUCACGACCCCGCCAAACACCCAAGAACUGCAGGCUUCAGUCCGUACAAUGGGAUCACAAUAUGUCAGGAACAGAUGCACAGUCGGUCUCCGAUGACCAAGCACUUCAUGGAGCGCACGCUGCUGCAUGAGUUGGUCCACAUGUACGACCAGUGCACCUCGAAACUGGACUGGACCAGCGCCAGACACCAGGCGUGCUCAGAGAUUAGGGCGGCCAACCUUAGCGGGGAGUGCAAAUUCGCUGUGGAGACUGCCCAAUCAGGCGAGCUCAAAUUCAUUGCGGGUGGGAAGGCGUGUGUGCGGAGGCGAGCGUUGCUGAGUGUGAAGAUGAACCCCGCACUCACAGAGAAAGAGGCUGAAGAAGCGGUGGACGCUGUGUUUGAGACGUGCUUUCAAAACAGCGCCCCUUUCGACAUGCUACCCUGAGUUACUUCUUGGGAGGGGAGUUGGGGGGAUUGAGCUACUUUGGGGUGGGCAACGUAGGGCUAUGUGUACCAUUGCCGAGGAUAUAGUGGUAAUAAGGCUAGUUUCAAUGGGCCAGGGGAAGGAAGGGAGUUUGCAGAUAGGGAAUGCGGGGUAGAUAAUCUAGUGCUCAUAUUCAUCCACGGUAGUGAUACUAGUGUAUAUGGAUCAGUGGAAAGGAGCUACGAAUAAUUAGUGAGUGAGUGCGUAAGAGCAGGUGUAGGCGGCGUUUGGCAGUGUCAACGCUUGACACCUACUUGACAUCUAGUGCCCUUAGUGGGUUUACACGCGACACAUCUCUUAGCUACUGAGGAAGUUCUAGCUACCCCCUGAGGACGUUCGGAAUGCUAACACGGCACACGCGUUAACGAGUUCAAAGCUAGCCUUCAAUCACUCCGUUGCCAAAGAUCCUGAUGGUUGGGGACCUGUGUACCUGCCUUGCUGAAUGUCGGCCAUUGCGGAAAAAAACAACUGGAGAUCUAAUUGUCAUCGCAACUUGACAUGCACUGCACUUGCUGUGUUUGAAUACGUCGGGAGAGUUAUGUAUGGUAGCAUGCACACUGUCCCUUUACAUACACAUUAGUUGAUCUAUACCACAAGUGGCGAGGAUCAACACACCUUUACGUAGCUGGUGUCAUGUGCAGGGUAAGAAACGGAACAAAAUCGAUUUACUUAGCCACCUGUGAAGCAUUUACCUGAGUAUGUGAGUGUCGUAAGCCUGGUGUCUACGUUGUGUUCAGAUGCUCAUGAGCAUUGCUGUCGAAUUGAUAAGCAAGGUACUGCAACACAGGUCCAUCCGCAGUAGUACUUUUUAGAUGAUCCUGGAAAUGGACUAAUAUCGAAUCCUCGAUAUGAGACCUGCAAUCAUCAGAGCUAUACGUUGUUCUUUUUAAUAGGUCCAAUUUGAUUCUGGAUUACAAGUCCACUAUUUGUGGCGUUACAUUCUGCCUCAGAAGGUAAGUGCUGGUCUGUAGACUAUCGCACUAAGACGCCCCGAUAUGAGUCGGUGAGAUACCAAUCUAGCACGCGCAGUUGAGACGCACACGCUGCAGCUUUAACUGAACCUUUGAAUUGCUAUAUGUAUGUGAAUAUAAAAUCUUUUUGCUAUAUAGCCCGUUUUUUCUCCAUGGGACUAUAAAUUGAAUAUAUAUACAUCGCAAGUUUUAUCUUUC